UUUUACAAACAUUCCAUGAAAUAAUAUUCAUUUUAUGAUUCGUGAAGAAAUCGAGGCGCAAUACCGAUUUGAUAAAUCGAAAAAUGCUGAAAUCGAAUAUCAUUAAGAUCGAUAAUUUCGAUUAAUCGAUUGUUCUGAAAAAGGUAGUGGAAUAGUAGUGUGCAGUGGUUCACAAGGGUAUUGUGAAUUUGAAGUAACAGAUCAAAUAAAUCGAAGUAAAAUUGAAGAUGAUUGAUUACAUGUAAUUUGAUCAGAAAACAUAAGUAGGAACCUAUUUUUCAUAAAGUGAUGCCAAGUAUAUAGUAACGAAUUCAGCCAAAUGGGUGAAAAACUGCGUCAUCACUGACGGAUUCUCCCGAAACUGGGACAAAGUGCAGUGUACUCUGGCAUUGCGCUUUACCGGAAUCUCACUCCAUGUCCUAGUACCCUCCCUCCUCUUUCUUCACCCUCUCACUCUCUCUCUUUCUCUCUUCUUCAUUUUCUAUCUCGCCCUCUCAUUUUCUCUCUUCCUCUUUCUCUUCCCUCCUUCUUCUCUUUCUUACUCUCAGGCUUGACCAAUCGUCUCGUCAUCCCCGAACCCUGGAUCGAAAUUGACAGGUAAUCAAUAACGAAUGGUGCAGGUUGAACAACGUAGUGUUUGGAGGGUUCGAUACCAUGUCAGAUGGGGUUGAUGCUGGCGGUGGGGAAAACGAGGUAGAUUCCCAUUCCUGUUCUCAAACCGAUGUUGGAGAGUCAUCGAAUCAAAGAGAAGAGGAAAAUUUAGACCCAGAUAAUGAAGCAGCCCUAAACACCAAUUACGAUAGCAGUGAUGGUGCUGUGCCUGCUUUUAGGUGUGAAAGGUGUGAAAACUAUGAGACUAUAAAUAAAACGGCAUUUUGUGCUCAUCAAGAUCAAUGUUUGGCUAGUGCCGAGCCAGGGGAAAGUGCGGAAAAUAUUGAGGCUGCUGAAAAUGAUGGAGAUGGAGAAGAAAGUCAUCCUGGUAUUCGUUCUCAUAGAAAAAUGUUUGAAUGUGAUGUUUGCAAUAUGCAAUUUUCAAAUGGAGCUAACAUGAGGCGGCACAAAAUGAGACAUACUGGUGUAAAGCCAUAUGAAUGUCGUGUGUGCCAAAAAAGAUUUUUUCGAAAGGAUCACCUGGCAGAACAUUUUACAACUCACUCUAAAACUCUGCCAUAUCAUUGUCCAAUUUGUAACCGAGGUUUCCAAAGACAAAUUGCAAUGAGAGCCCAUUUUCAGAAUGAACAUGUUGGCCAACAUGACAUGGUUAAAUCUUGCCCUUUGUGCAAUUAUCGUGCAGCAACUAUGAAGUGCCUCAGGUUACACUUUUUUAAUAGACAUGGAAUAGAUUUAGAUAAUCCAGGACCAAACAGUUCAAGUUCAUUAAUGAACAGUUGUACUCCAGGAGAAGCUAUGCCUUCUGCUCCUCUUUCAGAUAGUGGAGAUAGUACUGGAAAUCGUUCGGCAGAUAAUGCAACUCCGCCAAUGCAUUUCCUGACACCUCACAUAGAGAUAUCAAUUCCUUAUCCAGAACAAACUCCGAACCAACGAAAUCCAAGUCCUGCUCCCCUGAACGGAGAUAGCCCAAAUAGCCCUCAAAGUGCAGAUAGUAACAGUAAUGCACCAAGCAGUAGUCAUCAUCAGUUACCUAUUAACAGUAGUGGCAUCCACAGGAGUCUUGGUGGAAAUGAAGACACAAUUACACCUUCUAUCUCACUAAUUCCUAUUAAGCAAGAACCAAACAGCAAUGGAACUGAAGAAAAUGGAGCAACAUCUAGUAACCUUCCACUACCGUCUUUGAUCAAAGUUUCUCCAUUAAAGUCCCUUCUCAGAGAUGAUUUACGACGCAAACUUUCAUCUGGUUCUGGAAAUAAUAACAACAACAAUAAUAAUGGUAAUAACACUUCAAAUUCAAAUUCCCAUUCAAGAGGAGAACCUCCUAGUUCAACAAGGCCCGAUCAACGAAGCAAUGGGCUUCAGUGUGCUCAUUGUAAAAUCACUUUCCCCGAUCAAACACUGUAUUUUCUGCAUAAAGGGUGUCAUAGUGAGAGUAAUCCUUGGAAAUGCAACAUUUGUGGCGAACAAUGUUGCAAUUUGUACCAAUUCAAUUCACACCUAUUAAGCAAAAGUCAUCAGUAGUAAAAAAAAAAGCAAAACGAAAAAAUAACGUUGUUUGUAGAGUCAUAGAAUCUCGAUUAUUUAAAUAUUUAUUAAAUAAUAUAAUCAAUUUUAAUAUGAUUUAUACAAAGAAUACUAAAAGCUUGAACCAAAAAGAAACACAUUUUACAGAAAAAUAUUUUUACUUGUUUUAACAUUUACAUCUCGAUUUACAUAAAAAGAAAAAAAAAUCAAAUAAUCGAGAUUCGAGGACUGAUUUUGAGAUCUGGAAGAAGUUGUGCCUUCACCAAAAUACCUUUGCCAACAUUCACAUUCGUCCAAAUCGUGCUAAUUUAUGAUGGUAUGAACAAUCCGUCCAUGGGGCUUUAUUAAAACGUAUUCCAGAAGCUCUAUCUAUAAUUUUAAACCUAGUUGUGUAUACUUAGAUUUAAAGAAAGAAAUAAACAUUGAAUACCAAUUCUUUUUGCACACCGUUUUUUGUUUGGCACUUUUAUAAAAUUUGAUAUAACUUAUUUUUAUUGCAUUAAAAUAGAGUAGUUAUUAAUUUAAAAAAAAAAAAAGAAUAAUUAAGAUUACACUAUAUACAAAUUAAAUUUUGGUCCUUAAUUUAUUAUUAUGGUGCAAAAAAAGAAUCGGGUUACAUGUAUCGUUAUAUAUAAAUAUUAAUAUAUAUAAAUAGAAGGUGAUAGCUGAAUAUUGUAUCAGCUUAAGAAAUAUUUUAUAUAGAAAUAUUUGUACAAAGAAGUAUUAAACCUGAAAAAAAUACAUAAAGAAAGUUAUGUUAUAUUUCAGAGGUAUAUACUAAUACCAGAACGAAUUGUUACACAGCUAUUCAAAUUAAAUUUUAUAAAAGUAUUUAUGAAUCAGAAUUUAAAAACAGAAUUCUAUGGAAAGCUAAAAAUGGGGAGAAUACAAAAGUAAAAUGGAAUUAGAACUUCAUUAAAAUUAAAUAGAAGUCAAAUCAAUAUUAGCUUUAAUACAAAUUAGUACAAGAAAUUCAUUUUGUUAUAAAAUAACAAAAUAUGAUUUUCCACUCUAGUGUUUCUAUAAAAAUGAUAUGUAUAUACGUUUAUACAAAGUACCCAAUUUGUUUGCAAUCUAACGUGUAUAUUGCCUUUGAAAAUGAUACAAAAAGUACAUUUAAAUAGAGUUAUAUAUGCAACACAAAUUAUAUAUUUAAUAUUAUGUCAAAAUAAAAAUAAUAAGAUGCGACAGAUUAUGCAGUUAAAUUGGGUAUUCUGUAUAUAUUUUAUUUUAAACAAAUAUACCGAGAGAUGUACGCACGAAAACUGUUGUCAAUGGUUGUAAUUAUUUAAAAAUCGUUCCAUAAAUUGUGUAGUAUUUAAAACAAUCUAUUAUAUUAUUAUAACUAUUGUAUUAAUUAUCAACACAUAAGUUAUUUAUUGUUUCUUUGCAUUCCAAUGUGCUAAGUUUUAAAUACGUUCGGGUCUUGAUGAUGUUCUUUUAUUUAAAAAUUUUUUUCUUGUUCUAUUUUAUCUUUCAUCUACAGUAUUUCACAGUUUGGAAUACUAAAAUUUUUCAAACUAAUUAUUUUUGCUAUUAAAUAAAGCUCUAAUGAAUUAAAAUUGUCUAAAACUAAAGGAAAAAACAUUUAUUUCAAUAAUAUAUAUAAUUAAGGCAUCUUGUUUUAAUUAAAAUGAAACUAUUUUUAACGCUUUAAGGUAAACACAGACCAAUUAAGAAAUUAAUAAUUAAUAGUAGUUAAUUGUUAAUUAUAAAGUAAGUUGUAUGAAACAAAGAAAUUUAAAUUAACAUUGUCAAAGCACAAAUUUCUUUAACACCUUUAUAUAAAUACACCCCAUACAAAAAAAAAGUUAUAGAAGAUUUUUUUUUCUAGAUUUUCAUAUUUUAUAGAAAAAUUAUAGUAGGUCAUGAAAGAUAAUGUUUUUAGUAAUAUAACAAAAAUCAUAGUAAAAAUGAACUCAUUUUAAACAAAAGUAAUAUAAUAAAGAUAUGUAACAUAAAGUGUAUUUUUAAUUAAAUUACAUUUGCACUUAAUGUAAUCUAUGAUUUGUUUGAAAAAUUAUUCUGUCUUCAUUCGGUAUAAACUGUAUGUAUAAAAAGAGAAAUUAUUUCCGAGUUAACUUAAUAAAUUUUAAUAUUAAUUUUUUUUUA